GGGGCGAGGUCCUUCUCGCAGGAAAGCCCCGCGCGGCGCGUGGAGCCUGAACUCGCAGGUUCUGGCUGGACUUCUCGAAGCUGAGGAGAAGCAGAGGGACCUGGCUUCUGAUUUUGGAUCUGCGUGCUUGCUGGUUCUGGCGCCUGCUGGUCUUGUUCCUGUAACCUAGGACUCGGGGCUUGCACAUGCUUUUUUUUUGAAGUUGCUGGAGAGGGAGCCCAGGACCUUGUGCAGGCACCUUUUGUGUCCCCAAUGGGGCGGCUUUGCACCAAGUUCCUGACCUCUGUGGGCUGUCUGAUUUUGCUGUUGGUGACUGGAUCUGGGAGCAUCAAGGUCCUGGGUGAGCCCACCUGCUUCUCUGACUACAUCCGCACUUCCACGUGUGAGUGGUUCCUGGAUAGCGCUGUGGACUGCAGUUCUCAGCUCUGCCUACACUACAGGCUGAUGUUCUUCGAGUUCUCUGAAAACCUCACAUGCAUCCCGAGGAACAGUGCCAGCACUGUGUGUGUGUGCCACAUGGAAAUGAAUAGGCCGGUCCAAUCAGACAGAUACCAGAUGGAACUGUGGGCUGAGCACAGACAGCUGUGGCAGGGCUCCUUCAGCCCCAGUGGUAAUGUGAAGCCCCUAGCUCCAGACAACCUCACACUCCACACCAAUGUGUCCGACGAAUGGCUGCUGACCUGGAAUAACCUGUACCCAUCGAACAACUUACUGUACAAAGACCUCAUCUCCAUGGUCAACAUCUCCAGAGAGGACAACCCUGCAGAAUUCAUAGUCUAUAAUGUGACCUACAAGGAACCCAGGCUGAGCUUCCCGAUCAACAUCCUGAUGUCAGGGGUCUACUAUACGGCGCGUGUGAGGGUCAGAUCCCAGAUACUCACUGGCACCUGGAGUGAGUGGAGUCCUAGCAUCACGUGGUACAACCCAAGUAAUGAAAAUCUGUGACUGAGUGACCUUGGGGGCUGCGGUGGUGAGGAGAGCUCACGGGAAUCCUGGAGCAGUGUAGCUGGCGUGUCAAAAGCAGAAACGCAGGAGAUGGACUUCCAGCUGCCCCUGAUACAGCGCCUUCCACUGGGGGUCACCAUCUCCUGCCUCUGCAUCCCGUUGUUUUGCCUGUUCUGUUACUUCAGCAUUACCAAGAUUAAGAAGAUAUGGUGGGACCAGAUUCCCACCCCAGCACGCAGUCCCUUGGUGGCCAUCAUCAUUCAGGAUGCACAGGUGCCCCUCUGGGAUAAGCAGACCCGAAGCCAGGAGUCAACCAAGUACCCGCACUGGAAAACUUGUCUAGACAAGCUGCUGCCUUGCUUGCUGAAGCACAGAGUAAAGAAGAAGACAGACUUCCCGAAGGCUGCCCCAACCAAGUCUCUCCAGAGUCCUGGAAAGGCAGGCUGGUGUCCCAUGGAGGUCAGCAGGACCGUCCUCUGGCCAGAGAAUGUUAGUGUCAGUGUGGUGCGCUGUAUGGAGCUGUUUGAGGCCCCAGUACAGAAUGUGGAGGAGGAAGAAGAUGAGAUAGUCAAAGAGGACCUGAGCAUGUCACCUGAGAACAGCGGAGGCUGCGGCUUCCAGGAGAGCCAGGCAGACAUCAUGGCUCGGCUCACUGAGAACCUGUUUUCCGACUUGUUGGAGGCUGAGAAUGGGGGCCUUGGCCAGUCAGCCUUGGCAGAGUCAUGCUCCCCUCUGCCUUCAGGAAGUGGGCAGGCUUCUGUAUCCUGGGCCUGCCUCCCCAUGGGGCCCAGUGAGGAGGCCACAUGCCAGGUCACAGAGCAGCCUUCACACCCAGGCCCUCUUUCAGGCAGCCCAGCCCAGAGUGCACCUACUCUGGCUUGCACGCAGGUCCCACUUGUCCUUGCAGACAAUCCUGCCUACCGGAGUUUUAGUGACUGCUGUAGCCCGGCCCCAAAUCCUGGAGAGCUGGCUCCAGAGCAGCAGCAGGCUGAUCAUCUGGAAGAAGAGGAGCCUCCAAGCCCGGCUGACCCCCAUUCUUCAGGGCCACCAAUGCAGCCAGUGGAGAGCUGGGAGCAGAUCCUUCACAUGAGUGUCCUGCAGCAUGGGGCAGCUGCUGGCUCCACCCCAGCCCCUGCCGGUGGCUACCAGGAGUUUGUGCAGGCAGUGAAGCAGGGUGCCGCCCAGGAUCCUGGGGUGCCUGGUGUCAGGCCUUCUGGAGACCCCGGUUACAAGGCCUUCUCGAGCCUGCUCAGCAGCAAUGGCAUCCGCGGGGACACAGCAGCAGCGGGGACUGACGAUGGGCAUGGAGGCUACAAGCCCUUCCAGAAUCCUGUUCCUAACCAGUCCCCUAGCUCCGUGCCCUUAUUUACUUUCGGACUAGACACGGAGCUGUCACCCAGUCCUCUGAACUCAGACCCACCCAAAAGCCCCCCAGAAUGCCUUGGUCUGGAGCUGGGGCUCAAAGGAGGUGACUGGGUGAAGGCCCCUCCUCCUGCAGAUCAGGUGCCCAAGCCCUUUGGGGAUGACCUGGGCUUUGGUAUUGUGUACUCGUCCCUCACUUGCCACUUGUGUGGCCACCUGAAGCAACACCACAGCCAGGAGGAAGGUGGCCAGAGCCCCAUCGUUGCUAGCCCUGGCUGUGGCUGCUGCUACGAUGACAGAUCACCAUCCCUGGGGAGCCUCUCGGGGGCCUUGGAAAGCUGUCCUGAGGGAAUACCACCAGAAGCCAACCUCAUGUCAGCACCCAAGACACCCUCAAACUUGUCAGGGGAGGGCAAGGGCCCUGGUCACUCUCCUGUUCCCAGCCAGACGACCGAGGUGCCUGUGGGCGCCCUGGGCAUUGCUGUUUCUUAGGUGAGUGAGUGUGCUGUUGUUGCUGAGGUCUGUGCUGAGGCCAGGGUUCCUCCAAGCCAGGGAAGUACUUCCUGGGAGACAGCCCAGCUGGCAGGUUUCCCAGAAAUCCAGAGAAUGGUGAAUUGAAGAUGUAAACUUGGCCUGACCCUGGACGCUCGGAGCCUGGCUGUCUCCUCUUCCACUGGCCUGGGCUCUCCUCCCUCCCAAGGGAUACAGGGGCUCACUGUGCUUGGUCCCACAGCAGUGCUGACGUUCCUAAGUCCUGGGCUUUCCUAGCUGAUGUUGUCCUACCUACUCAGUCCCAUUUUGUCCACCGAAUAGACCUGUCACUCAAGGCUCUCAGCGGUCCUGCCAUAGCUGCUGGACGCUCCCAGCUGGAAGCUGGGCCUAGAAACUCACAGAUGGCCUGGCAGUGGCAUGGGAGGCCCUAAAAAUUAGUGGAAAUUUUGAGAGAGGACAGGUAUUGCCCCACAGAGGCCAUUCAUUGAACAGCCAGGACUGGGACUAGAGGCAGAGCCUGCUGUCCUCCGCUCAGUUGUAGAAAGCAACAAGGACACAAACUUGAUUGCCCAAAGUCACUGCCAGUUACCCACAUAUGACCAGAAGCCAGGGCUCCUGGGAUGUGGAAGAUAAACAAACACAGUUGCCGGGUGGCAGGGCCCAGCGGGCACGAUAACUGGCAGUCAAGGCGAUACCUCGAGGGAACUGUGGGGCUGGUCCUGGUUGGUGGUCAGGUGGUAGGGAUAGCAGAUGGCAGACUUUGGUGAGUGAGUGAGUCUGACUGUGUUCUGGAAGAUGGGACCGGGCUCAGCACUGUCUGCUCACGUCCCCACUGUUGCAACACCUAGUCUGUUUGCAAGGAGGACAGGACAGGUCACAUGGAGCUUUAUGUCAAUAAAGUCUUUAUCUUGUCAGGUUUCCUUUACUAUACACACGCCGAGCCCACAGUGCACGAAAGCUGAAAUGUGCAGGCAGGGGGUUGGGGAAGUGGGGAGACAAGGCCCCAGCAGUUGGUUUAAGGGAAUGACUUGGGAAUGGGGCAGAGCUGUGGCUACUCCAUCUCUCAUCCUUACCCUCCUGCUACCACAGCUUGUGCCCAUGUGUGCCUGCUCAGGGGAGGGGUCCUCCUCUUUCCCUCUCCUUUAGGCAGAGUGCUAGAGGUGUUGGAUGCUCCUUAGCACGCAGAGGGCGUGACACUGGCUGCUAAGUGUUGUUGAAUGUGUCAAGGCAUUGACAUCAGUAGGCCCCACAUCUUAGGCAGGGGAUUUGGGGUGUGGCAACCUGCCAGGCCAGCAGAGAACUUGAAUAUGAUGUUCAGAAGGAAAGACAGAGACAGGUCACUUAGGGAGGCUUGAAGGAGGCCACUUUUGAGAUGAGCCCGUGGUAUCUGCAAAAAAGCCUGGAAGAACUCAGAACAUGCAGCAGAUGGCUCAUGUCUGAAGUUUGAGGCACAGGGAUCUGGUGUGGUCACAGCAUCAGAGAGAAGGGUCCUGGCAUGAUGGGGACUGGUGUGCAGUUGGAUACUGGUAUUCUGCCUUAGUUCUGCCUCUUGAGAGGUGGUCCAGUAGAAGCCAGCCUCAGACUUUCACAUCUCAGAACAGUCUUUUCAAAGACAAGGUCUCAGUGUGGCUCAGACGGGCCUCUAGCAUCACUCGGUCUCCUGAGUGCUGGGAUCACAGGUGUGUGCUACUACACCCAGCUUCCCAGAGCAGUCUUACCACAGCCCCUAAGCAGGGGAGGAGAGGAAACGGAGCCAUCCAAGAUCUACCUCCUGUGGGCAUCCCUCCUGCCUGGCUGAAGGAGAAGUCUGGGUUUAAAAUCCCCAUUGCUCAGAUUUGUAUCCUGGAGGGAAGUGACUCCCACAGGAAUGAACUGACUGUCCCAGGAAAUUCUUCCCGCUGUGCCUUUAGAACUUCCUCUGUAAAGUACCUCCCUUCAGCUGGUGGUGCCUGUCUUUAACAGUGGCUGACAGCCAGGGAGUUUGAGGCUAGCCUAGGCUUUGACAGUGAGAUCCUGUUCAAUAAACGCAGCUUCCCAGUCCGGCACUUGACCUUCAAGCUCUGACCUCUGGAUUAGCCCAGGAUUUCUUCACUGGUCCUCCACCUUCCACCCCCUUCCACUGCUUAUACCCGCUCCCAUCAUUUCCAACCCAGGAAGCUGCUAAGAUCUAUGUGGUAGCCCUGGCUCCAUUACCACCCUCUCCCCAUCUCCUGGGUGACUGAGGGAACUAAGGUACAAGCCCGAGGAACUUGGGAUUCCCUGCCCUGCUGUUACCUUGCCUCCUGUCUGCCAUCAUUAACAUAGGAGGUGCCAGCCUGUGCCGUCCUGGCUCCCAUACUCACUACCUAAGGCUACCUGUUGGGAAUUCCAACCCUCACCAGUCCCAUCUCUUCAUUCUAUUAAAAUUACUUAUCAAGCAA